CCAUUUGGUGGACUGUUUGUGCAGUUCCUCCUGGUUUCACAGAGAGAGCAUCAGGCAGCAUGACCUCGCAGCGAUGGAUGCUGGCAUUCUGCUUUUCACUGGCCUCAGUUUUAAGCCCAGGGGAAUCUAUCACAACAACAGAAACUCAGAAAUACACUUGCAGGACAUUUGGCAGCGGGGUUGUCCAGCCUUUCAGCGGUUCAAGUUUCUAUGUUCGCUCCAACUGCCCAUUCACCCUAACCCGUUUCACCCACAACCGGGUGGAAUGUGAUAUCACCACACGGCGUGGUGACAACGGGCUGCUGGUCCGAGUUGAGAUCAUAAUCAACAAAGUCAGGACUGUUGUGCAGAAUGGGAGCAUCCUGGUGGAGAAGAAAAGUGUUUCCCUUCCAUAUGACCACACCUACCAGCAUAUCUUUCACUACGGCAUCUACACUAAACUGAAGAGCUCGCUGCUCCCUCUGUCUGUCACCUGGCACGAUGUACCAGGAGGAAUAGACUCUUUGCGGGUGGAGCUAGAGCAGAAGCUGAGCACCGACAUGACUGGACUGUGUGGAAAACACAACGUCCCAGGCAACAAGGACCAGUUGGUUAAGGAGAGCGUACUUCCUGAUGACACAUGUCAAACCCGAGAUAUUGUGCCCGCUGAGAAUCAAGUAUGCAAUAUGUUCAUUUCCAACACCUUGGAAUGUCUGCAAGUCAUGGCGCCUCAAUAUAGCCAACUCUGUCAAAAGAACAUUUACGGCUAUGAAAUGAGCAAAUACAUCGGCUGCGCUUUCUUCAAUGAAGUUGUCCAAAAGUGUGGAAACAGCUAUGCCUGGAAGACAUGGAGAAGAGAUACCAAAUGUGCGGAGCCAAGUUGUUCAGGAGACCUGGUUUAUGUGGAACAGGGUGCGGCCUUUGUUCCCAGCUGCUCAAAUCCAAACCCUGGAUUCUCCAACCAAGAACUCACCAGCUCCUGUGUCUGCCCAAAGGGCAAGGUGCUUAAUGAUCACGCAGAUGGUUUCCACUGUGUGAGUGUGUCCAGCUGCCCCUGUGUCUUUGCUGGUAGGAGAUACUCACCCGGAGACAUGCGCACAUCCAAGUGUCAGUCAUGUGUGUGUGACAGUGGAAAAUGGCAAUGCUCUGAAAACAACUGCCCCCCCAGAUGUCUCAUUGAAGGGCAGUUUGUGACAACAUUUGAUGGCAAACAAUAUGCCCUUCCCGGUAAAUGUACAUAUGUGGCUUCCCAGGGUCUCAACUGGACGAUAACAAUCAAGUUUUCUGAUGAGGCACCCUCUCUGGAAACAGUCACUCUUCUGCUUUCUCAGGAAAUGUAUACGUUUUCACAUGACAAGGUUAAAUUCAGAGAGGAGGAGAUCACUGAACUUCAUCAGUCUGAUCAUGCUCUGGUUUUCUGGCAGUCCUCCAUGUAUGUCCAGGUCCACACAUCCUUUGGUAUGAAGAUCCAAGUCCAGGUGUCUCCUGAAAUCCAGCUGUACAUCACCCCACCCAGAAACCACACAGAGGUGAUCUCAGGUCUUUGUGGAAACCACAACAGUGACACCACAGACGACUUCACCACCAGCAGCAGGAUCAUUGAGAACUCCGCUCAACCUUUUGCUCAGUCCUGGAGUGUGGGUGCUUGUCCGGAGAACAUACACAGCACCUGCAUCAGCACAGACAAUGAAAUAUUUGCUGAUGAAAAGUGCUCUGUGUUGAACAACCCAACUGGAGUAUUUGCUCCAUGCCAUGGUUAUAUCCCAAUUGAUCACUACCACACGGCUUGCAUCCAAAGAACAUGUAACUGUGGCAGCAGUCUGCUGCAGUGCUUGUGUGUUGCCCUGGGCAGCUAUGCCAAAGCCUGUGCCAAUCUGGGUGUUGUAAUUGGUGACUGGAGGACAGCCACCAACUGCACUUUGAAAUGUGAGAAGAACCAAGUAUUCUCCUACAACAUGCAAGCCUGCAACCACACAUGCCGUUCCCUGUCUGGCCCUGACCCUCGCUGUGGGCUGGAAGACGCUCCUGUGGAGGGCUGUGGCUGUCCAGAGGGAACUCACCUGAACCAAGGAGACACCUGUUCCCCAAAGGCAGAGUGCGUUUGUCACCACUUCCGCGGUACAACGCCCCCAGGGUCUGUUGUUAUUGACAGUCGACAGUGUGUCUGUGAGAAUGGAGAACUGAAAUGUUCUCAGGAUUGUGGGUGCAGAAAUGGGAAGGUUUGUGUUCAUUGCUCCGAGAAUCUUGUUAACACAACUCAGAAAACCUGUGACAGCAAACCAAUGGGUGCCAAAAUGACCUGUGAGAGUGGCUGUUACUGCCCAAAUGACCAGUACGAGGAUCACCGUGGAAACUGUGUUUCUCUGCACAACUGCACCUGUGUGUACAGCGGCAAAGUAUUCAGUGCAGGACAGCAUGUCAAAACCAACUGUAAAACAUGUGUCUGUGAUCAGGGUAAGUGGGACUGCAAACACGAGCAGUGCCCUGGGAAAUGUCAAGUUUACGGAAACGGACACUACCAGACCUUUGACUCCAAAUGGUACCGCUUUGAUGGACAAUGUCAGUACACACUUGUAGAGAAUGACUGUGGAAAUAGAAACGGCACCUUCUCUGUCAGAGUGGAGGGUGUGCCCUGCUGUGAUGAGGCGCUUACCUGCUCUCGCUCUAUCGUCAUCGACCUGCAGGGCAAGGUCACCCUGACACUGAGUGACAUGAAGGUGACCAGACGCCAUCAUGAAGGCUGGACUCUGCAGGACCAUUCCCUUUACUCCACACACACUGUGGGACUCUACAUCAUAAUCUCAGUGCCAAGCAGAGGGAUAACUCUCAUCUGGGACAAACACACCCGGAUCACCAUAGAGCUGCAUGUAGACUGGAAGAACAGAGUGUGCGGCCUCUGUGGGAAUUUUGACUCCAACGAGAUGAAUGACCUACAGAUAAGUGGCUCAGCAGUGGUGUCCAGUCCCCUGGCAUUUGGCAACAGCUGGAAAGCCGCCACACCCCCUUGCUCUGAUGUGACCACUGAGAUAUUUCCAUGUGAACGCAAAUCUUACUGCUCAGCCUGGGCCCAGCGGCGCUGUAUGAUCAUUACAGGAGACACAUUCAAAGAUUGCCACUUAAAAGUGGAGCCAGAUCCCUACUACCAAGCCUGUGUGCAGGAGUCCUGCUCCUGUGAGUUUGAAGGGAAGUUUCUGGGCUUCUGCACAGCUGUGGCAGCCUACGCAGAGGCAUGCAGCGACCAGAAUGUGUGUGUAAAAUGGAGGACACCUGAUUUGUGCCCGGUCUACUGUGACUUCUACAACGAGCAAGGCCAGUGUAGCUGGCACUAUGAAGCCUGUGGUGAGAUGCUAACCUGCGGCAAAGACAACUACAUCAAUCACAAGUUGGAAGGUUGCUACCCCAGAUGUUCAAGGGCAGCGCCAUACUAUGAUGAAAAUACUGGUGAAUGCACUGAAUUGAGGAACUGCACCUGUUAUUUUAAUGACACUGUCAUUAAGCCUGGGGCAGUGGUGAUGAUACAGUCUAUAGAGUGCCGCUGUGAAAAUGGAACAAUAAGCUGUCGUAAGUCUACCACCACUACACCUACCAUCACUACACCUACCACCACUCCCACCACUACACCUACCAUCACUACACCUACCACCACUCCCACCACUACACCUGCCAUCACUACACCUACCACCACUACACCUGCCACCACUACCACCACUACACCUUCCACCACUCCCACCACUAUACCUACCACCACUACAGCUACCACCACUCCCACCACUACACCUACGUGUACGUGUACAGACUUGAAGAGGAGAAAACAGUGGAAUUGCGGUGAGACGUGGACAGAGGACUGCUUUCAUAAAAACUGUACAGAUGGGAAGAUAGAGUUGACUUCGGUGGAUUGUCCAACUACUCCAAUUCCAAAGUGCCCCAGAGACCAGGUCACAAGAGUCUCAGAUGGAUGCUGUGAAACAUGGAAGUGUGACUGUCGCUGUGAGCUAUAUGGAGAUCCCCACUACAUCUCUUUCCAAGGUGUAACCUUUGAUUUCCUGGACGAUUGCACCUACAUCCUGGUGGAGGAGCAGUCCCCACUUCAUAAUCUGACCAUUGCUGUGGACAACUUCUACUGUGUGCAGGGCCUCCGAGGCUCCUGUGCUAAAGGCAUCAUCCUGAAAUAUCAGAACAACAUAGCUACACUCAGUAUCCUUCCCAAUAACUUUGUACAGGCCACUCUGAACAACGUAACCAUUGAGCCGCCAUAUGAGGAGCAUGGGUUGAGGUUUGAGACCACGGGGUACAUAGUGUCAAUCUACAUCCCAGAAGUUCGCUCUUAUGUCUCCCUCAGUCCGUAUUAUACCCUGGUGGUCAGUCUGGCUAUGGAGCACUUCCUCAACAACACCCAGGGACAAUGUGGUGUAUGUGGUGGUGGAUCAUGUAUCCGUAAAGGAGGGCAGAUCGAGGAAGACAGCUGCUGUGAUAAGACGGCCUAUGACUGGGUGUACUCUGACCCGCUGAAGCCAGCGUGUGUUUCUGCACCAAGGAACAGAUCUUGUCUUGUACCCUCUGUCACACCCCCCACUUCACCCUCCUGCUCUGCGAGCAGACUAUGCGAGCUGCUAGACCACCCAGUCUUUUCAAAUUGCAGCAGGUACAUGAAUCUGAAAUCUAAAAAGAAGAACUGUGAGUUUGAUUCAUGCAGAAAUGGUCCUUGCUCUUCACUAGAACAAGCUGCUGAUGAAUGCAAGAAGGCUGGUUUCUGUAUUGACUGGAGAGGACUGACUGAUGGAGGCUGUAAUGUGACAUGUCCAGAAGGAUUGGCUUACAGAGAAUGUCAUAACAAGCUGGAUGACUUCUGCGAUGGAGGGAGACAAUAUCCAGGAGCCUCCCUCGAGAAAAACGAGGCAGGCUGUUUUUGUCCCAGUGGCCUCUUCAGGGCAGGAAAUCACCCUGACAUCUGUGUGCCUGACUGUGCCUAUUGUAAAGGACCACUCGGUGAGCCCAAACUGCCUGGUGAGGUAUGGCAGUCCGGCUGUUAUAUAUGUACAUGCAACAACCAGACUCGCACAGAGAAGUGUGAUCUAAAACCUCCUGAGCCAGCUCCCCUCUGUGGCCCCAAUGCUGUACUGGUAAACACCUCUUGCUGUGGUGAUCAGAUUUGUGUUGAGAAGACGUGCAGUUAUCAUGGACAAACAUACAAGGUUGGAGACAGAUGGACGGAUGCCGCCCAUCCCUGCUUGUCAUAUAAUUGCAGCAGUGAGGGUAUUCAGACUGAGACUAGAGUCUGUCCCACAGUAAAGUGUCAGGAGGAGGAAAGAAUUUGGGAUGAUCAACACUGCUGCUUUACAUGUAACCAGAGGUGUGCUCCGAAGGUGACCAAUAUCAAUGUUACCGUAGACAACUGUACCACCGUCAUGCAGAUACCUGUGUGUCAGGGCCAAUGUGUGUCUCAGCCCAGUGUCGUGUUACACGGUGACCUGCAGGUGGAGCAGAAGUGCAGAUGCUGUCAGGAGUUGAGCUCAGAGAGGAGACCAGUGACUCUGCAGUGCUUUGACCUCACGAUCAAAGACUACACCUACAAGCACAUCACCAGCUGUGAGUGCCGAGCCUGCAGCAUACCACGCUGAAAAAUACUGACAGCUCAGACUGGAGAUAUCCUUCAGAUUUCCAAAUUGAAAUCUAAUGUAUUCAAAUUUAAUGGAUUACUAAUCGAAAAUCCCUCCAAUUGAACAUGCUUUUUUCUGUAUUUAAAGCAAUUACUGAAUCUGUUUUCAAUCAAAUAAACCAAAUAUGCAUA